UAUGCUCGUCUAAGGGUUCAUGCAUUUAGAGUUUACUUAAAUGGUGCUGGUCCUAUAAAAGAACAAGUUGCUCUUUUAAUUAGUCAUUCGGAUAAAUUUUCUGAUAGAGAUAAAAAAAAUCAAUUAUAUAAUUUUAUUUCGGAAUCUUCUGAAAGAGGUUUUGAAUAUAGAAUUUAUAAUGAUUAUUCUCCUGAAUUUGAUAUAGAUCAAAAAUAUAUAGAUCUUGAUAAUAUUUAUUAUGACGAACAAGAUUGUAAUUUUACUCCAACUCCAUUUAGUCAAUGGACAAUUAGUCUUAGUCCGAAUGAUAAUGGUUCUUAUCCUGAUUUAUCUGGAUUAGUAUCAAUUAAUAUUCAUUUGAUGGUAUAUUGUCAUUGUGGUGUAAAGAAAAUACAAAAGGGUGCCG